AACAACAAAUAGCAACGCCUACGACGAAUUUCUUUCUCCGUCAUUUUCAUUAUUCACAGGGAAGAAGAAGAAGAAGAAGAAAGAGGAGAUAAAACCAAAAAAGAAAAAAGAAAAAAAAGGGGAGAGAGAGAGAGAGAGAAGGAAAAUUGAAGAUUGAAUCUCAUCGAUAUCACUUAUGUUGAACAGGGAUGAGUAACAGAAAUUGUAGUGUGGGUUGAAAUGGACGACGACGUUUCAUCCUGCGUGUGAAGUGGUUGGCAUACUCUUGGAUCGGUUGGUUUCGCAUUGAUUUCCGAUUUUCUGAAACAAACGAAAAUGAACGGAGGUAGUGGCGGCGUCGGAAUCGGACCGCCGGCGCCGGCGGUGCCACAGCCGCUCGAGUGGAAUUUCUCCCAAGUGUUCGGUGAAAGGACGGCCGGCGAAGAAGUUCAGGAAGUGUCAGCUCAUCUGUCCCCUGUGUGUGCAGUUGAUAUCAUAUCUGCAAUCGAAUUUGACAGAACUGGGAACCACCUUGCUACUGGAGAUCGUGGUGGUCGAGUUGUUUUAUUUGAAAGAACAGAUACAACAGAUCACGGGGGAGACCGGAAAGAUUUAGAGCAGAUGGAUUAUUCGACCAAUCGACAUCCCGAGUUUCGUUACAAAACUGAGUUUCAGAGCCAUGAACCAGAGUUUGACUAUCUUAAGAGUUUAGAAAUCGAGGAGAAAAUCAAUAAAAUCAGAUGGAACCAGACAGCCAACGGGGCGCUCUUUCUUCUCUCUACAAAUGACAAAACCAUUAAAUUUUGGAAGGUCCAAGACAAGAAGGUGAAGAAAGUGUGUCACAUGGAUGCCACUAAAUCUCAUGCUAUGGGAAAUGGUCUCCUUGUUGAUUCAAGUACAUCCAACAGUUAUAAGCCCUAUACGGCGAAUGGGAGUGUUCAGUCCCUACACUUUCCUGUUGUGGUGACCAGUCAUGAGACAAACCCUGUGGCAAGAUGUCGAAGAAUCUAUGCUCAUGCCCAUGACUAUCAUAUCAAUUCUAUCUCAAACAAUAGUGAUGGUGAAACUUUUAUAUCAGCAGAUGACCUUCGAAUAAAUCUUUGGAACCUAGAAAUUAGCAAUCAAAGUUUUAAUAUCGUUGACGUCAAGCCUGCAAACAUGGAGGAUCUAACUGAGGUGAUCACUUCAGCAGAAUUUCAUCCUACUCAUUGCAGCACGCUUGCAUACAGUAGCUCUAAAGGUUCUAUCCGUCUUAUCGAUAUGCGGCAGUCAGCUUUAUGUGAUACUCAUAGCAAAUUAUUUGAGGAACAUGAGGCACCUGUUUCAAAAUCUUUUUUCACUGAAAUAAUUGCGUCAAUCUCUGAUAUCAAGUUUUCGAAGGAUGGAAGACAUAUACUUAGUCGUGACUACAUGACUCUUAAGUUAUGGGACAUAAAUAUGGAUUCCGGUCCUGUUGCUACUUUCCAGGUUCAUGAAUAUUUAAGGCCGAAGCUCUGUGAUUUAUAUGAAAAUGAUUCCAUCUUCGAUAAAUUUGAGUGCUGUCUUAGUGGAGAUGGACUCCGAGUGGCAACAGGUUCAUACAGCAAUCUGUUCCGCGUGUUUGGCUGUUCUGAAGGCAGCACAGAAACAACAACUCUUGAAGCCACCAAGAAUCCGAUGAGGAGACAAGUUCAAACUCCGCAGAAGCCUUCUAGAUCUCUAGGCACCCUUCCCCGUGUUCUCAGGAGAGGCACAGAUAAUUCUGGAGCUGAUACAAAUGGGAAUACCUUCGAUUUCACGACAAAGUUGCUUCAUUUAGCAUGGCAUCCGACUGAAAACUCACUCGCCUGCGCUGCUUCAAAUAGCCUUUACAUGUAUUAUGCAUAAAAGUCUCCUGGGAAUUAAUACAGCUGCUAUAGGAGGAUCAUAAGUUAACGUUGCAUGUGAUGGAAGCUGCUUUCCUUCUCGCAUCACAGAUUACGUGCACUGGGGUCAUUCCAACACACUCAUUUGUGGAACUCAGAUCAUGACCUACUCAUACUUUUAUUAUAGUCUGACGCCACGAUAAUUGGAAUAUUAGAAAAAUGACUGGCCUGAGCCUCUCUACUCAGAUGGGAAGUCGAUGCUAAUUAUUAUUAUUUUUUCUCAUAUGUAACCACAAUUUUUAUUUGCGUUUUGGGUCAAAGAAAAUGUAAUAUAUGCUUUAUUGCAAUUGAGGCUGUUAAUAGCGCCACUUGGUUUAGUUAGAGCGAAGAGCUUUUGUGGCGACUUUAUUUGUAUUAUCUGCCAACCUAAAGGAGUUAUAAGGCUUGUAAUUUUAUAGCUGCUU